GACUAGCUCUUGCCCUCAACCACAUACCUACAUCUUGGUCGUGUGUUUGAAACCAUUGCGUUCUAAUCAUCCUCGUUUUGAGUGUAUACAUGUAAUAACGACAGCGUUCAAAGUCUUCUAUACCCGGGCUACGGUGCCCAUUAACGUUAUACACGGCUACCAGCGGAAGGUUCUGAUAGCGACUCCACUCACACGCGAAUUCGCGUUCGAACAGUAUACUACAGCCUCCGGCAAGACCAUUCUUUUCUCUUGUCGCCAUGUCUGACUUCUCGGACACGGUUAUGGAAGUCGCGAUAGCUGCGCUGUGGAGGAGGGAGGCUCCAGAGCAGGGUGGCCUUUUGAAUGGACAAGAUCCGUCCGCGUUCAAUAGUACAGAUCCUCUAAGACUUUGGAUCAUUCAAGUGGGUGUUAUUAUCUUAACUACUCAGCUACUUGCACUUGGCCUUCGGAAAAUCCGUCAACCAAAAGUCAUCGCAGAGGUCAUCGGCGGGAUCAUCUUAGGACCCACUGCAUUUGGUCGCAUUCCUGGUUUCACACAGCAUAUAUUCCCCCAAGAUUCUCGCCCUUACCUGUCUUUAGUGGCGAAUAUUGGCCUCUGUCUCUUCCUGUUCCUUGUUGGACUUGAGAUUGAUUCGGAAGUAAUCAAGCGGAAUGCCCGUCUAUCGGCCGCUGUUGCUUUUGCGGGUAUGUUACUGCCCUUCGGCUUGGGUGCAGCCUUGUCUGUACCGCUGUACAACACAUUCAUCGAUCAGUCUGUGAGAUUCACGCAUUUCAUGCUGUUCACUGGCGUUGCGUUCUCUAUAACAGCUUUCCCAGUUCUUUGUCGUAUCCUUACAGAACUCAAACUUCUUGACACCACGGUUGGAAUCGUCGUGCUCUCCGCUGGGGUGGGUAAUGACAUUAUUGGAUGGACGCUUCUUGCCCUCUCUGUCGCGCUUGUCAACGCCGGAUCAGGGCUCACGGCCCUUUGGAUCCUGCUCGCUUGCGCAGGAUGGACCCUAUUACUUCUGAUACCCAUCAGGAUCGCGCUCCGCUGGCUUGCAAGGCGCACGGGUUCAAUCGAGAAUGGACCCACGAUAUUCUUCAUGACCGUUACUAUUCUGAUUCUCUUCGGUUCCGCGUUUAUGACGGAUAUCAUCGGUGUUCAUGCUAUUUUCGGUGCAUUCUUGGCAGGAAUCAUUGUUCCUCGCGAAGGCGGUCUUGCAAUUGCCCUCACGGAAAAGCUGGAAGACAUGGCAUCUAUUCUCUUCUUGCCCCUCUAUUUCACACUGUCCGGUUUGUCCACUGACCUGGGUCUCCUGAACAAUGGAAUCACUUGGGGUUAUACUGUUGCCAUCUGCACUCUGGCGUACUUCGGCAAGUUCGCAGGAUGCACGAUCGCUGCCCGAUACUCCGGUUUCACAUGGCGUGAGGCUAGCACUAUUGGUAGUUUGAUGAGUUGCAAAGGACUGGUUGAGCUGAUUGUACUCAAUGUUGGUCUCUCAGCUGGGAUCCUCUCCCAACGAGUCUUCUCCAUGUUUGUUUUGGAGGCGCUCCUUCUCACUUUCAUGACCACGCCCGCGGUCACAUUUCUAUACCCUCCGAAAAUGCGUGUACGCGUUGAUGCCGCAGGCCCCAAUUUCGCCAAUGUCGGGGAUGGCGACGACCUUGGAGAAGAACACAGCACCUCACGAUGUGGACAUGAUGAUGAGUUGGAAAGGAAGGAGCGCUUCCUGGUCGUAUUAGAUCGUCUCGAGCAUCUCCCCGGUAUUAUGGCGCUCACUCAGUUGAUUCAAUCCCCUCCUGCAUACUCUGAGACAGACCCUCAUCCCCUCUUCGAACCCUCUGGGUCGGACGAUCAUAAUAGGCGUUCAGCGUCGUUGAAAGCAGUUGAUCGUUCGGAGUCGUAUCAUAUUUCUCUUUCCGCUUUGCGUCUCAUUGAGCUGAAUGACCGUACUUCUGCCAUCAUGAAAUACUCGUCUUUCUCUGCGGAGACCCUGGUCCACACAGAUCCAUUGCUGUCAAUCUUUAGAGCCUUUCUCGAACUUACCGGAAGUGGAGGAGGAAUGGGUAGCGAAGUGAAGAUGGUUUCUUACGAAGGUUUAGCACCUUGCGUCACGGACCAAGCCAAACGUCAAGGAAGCCAGAUGGUCCUCCUCCCUUGGGUACCUGCACAACAAGCACAAUCGCCUACUGAAACGCAUGCUGGUACAUCAAAUGAGCCCGUUAAUCCUCGUGCUGCCACCAAUAAUCCUUUUGAGGCCCUGUUCAAAGCCGGUGGUGUCGGCUCGAGCGCUGCUGGUGGGACAUCAACCUCUGCUCUGCAUUCUCACUUCAUACGGGGUGUCUUUGCCCAGGCUGAAGUUGACGUUGCGCUAUACAUCGAUCAGAAUCAUCAGUCGUCGCAUGACUCGUCACCCAUCGCCAAGUCUUUACCUGGUGGAAGGCAGCAUAUAUUCCUUCCGUUCUUUGGUGGCCCCGAUGAUAGACUCGCUGUGGAGUUUGUCGUUCAGAUCUGCGCCUCAAACCCUAGGGUGAGCGCCACGGUGGUUAGGUUUGUCAGCAGAGAAGAUGGUAUUGCAUCGAUAAGUUCCAUCGAGAAACCGCAGACGGCUCAUACAAGAGAUGAUCAGCCUCGGCACCAGAACAUCUUCACUGUAGCUUCGGCCACUGAGACUAUCUUCCCGGACACCGUCUAUGUCCAAGCUUCUACGCAAACCCGACUACAGUCUGAAACUGCCGACAGCUUGCUCUGGAGCAGGUACGCGCAGCCACUAUCUACAGAAGUGCCAUUACCUCGUAUGUCCUUCGACACUAUCACUACGCCAGCACCUUUGCAUUCAGUCAUUGGCCAUUUCACUUCAUUGCGCUCUGACCUUUUAGAUGUACAACGUCGAGAUGGAAGCAAGUCGCGUCUCUUAGUGGUAUGUGGACGAUCCAGGAGGCUGGCAGUAGAGAACCACCAUAUCGAACUCCAUUCAAUCAUGGAAGAAUACGGAACCGCCGCCUAUGGCGCAGAAGUUCGGAAGACCGUUGGGGAUAUCGGCGCUGCUGUUAUCCUCUCAAGAUGUCAUGCCAGUGUUACUGUCUUACAAGCUGCACGCCCUCUUUGAAUCAGGACCACAUUUUCUUUUGUUACGAAUCUCAUGACUUUCAUCAUGAAUACUAGAUCACGUCCACUUUUAUACCCUCCAACAACUGAUACCUGUCAAACAAUAUUCUGACUCCAUUCGAUGCCCGCGCAAUGUAUUUGUAUGGUUGUGAUGAGCGCUAGCUCUGUGGUCGACAUCGUUCUGCCUUGUAUAAUCGGCUGUAUAUCAAUGUGCAUAGUCGCCUUGCUAUCGCACCCACCGUCGAAACUAUUCAAGAUUUAGCCUGAUGCAGUGAUUGACCC